UUCUUUUUUCUUCUUCUUUUCCAUCUUGCAUAAAAAACCUUUUUUUUAUUUGAAUUUUUCUCUAAAAUUUUACAAAUUUAAUUAUUUGAUCAUAAUUUUUUAAAAUGUCUUCACCACCUCCAUCUCAAGUGGGUGAGGCUUCAACCUCAAGGCAAAGGUCAAGGAGUGGGAAUGGGAAUGGGAAUGGGAAUGGGAAUGAAAGUAGUUCAAGUAGAAGUAGAAGAAGAAGAAGAAGAAGACCACCAACUCCUCCAUUACCACAGCAAGUAGUAAUAGAAGAAGCAUCAACUUCAGCUUAUUAUAAUAUGAAUGGAGGAGUUUGGCCUGAACCCUUUGUUGAAUCUCUUACUAUUCAAGUUGCUGUUGAUGCUUCUUCCUCUUUUGGUCGUCUUGCUGUUGCUCCGGCUCUUGCCCUUCUUUUCCAGGUGUGUUCUACUUGGAGAACCGUAUCACGCUCGGAGCUCCUAUGGCAGAAUCUAGUACGCUUAGUCUGGAACACUAAUACUCUCAACCACCCAACUUGGCGCGAUGAAUUCAUUUCUCUCCAUCGCAUGGCUCGUAAUUUCCGCAUCAGCCGUUAUUCCUACUUCAUUCUCCACCCUUCUGAUCACCCCUUGGCUGCUGCACAAGGUGGAGAUGAAGGAAAUCAACUGCCUAUUCUCUGCCUUUGCCUCGUUCUCUCUGAGGAUCACCUUGCAGCUGGGUUCUCAGACGGCUCUGUAAGGCUCUUUCAUCUUCCAUCUCGUCAGCACAUGCGCACCAUCCAUCCUCUUCUCCGUGAUCACCUUGGUCAUUUCUCUCAUGCAGUCUCUGGCAUUGUGCUUCAACCUGUUAUUGAUCGAAUAGUCUUUGCUUCGCUCGAUGGGUAUGUUCAUGUCGCUUCCCCUCUUGGUGGGCCAUCUGCAGCUAGGCAGGCCUACGUUGGCGAUGUUGUCAACGAUGGUGCUCUCAUUGAUUUCACAGGUUGUGAUCGGUUUUGGGUGGGACUCUAUGCUGGUGUUCCUGGUAGGGCGUUUCGCGUAUGGGAUGCAGACUCCGAAGAGCUUUUAUUCAUGGGUAUAUCGUUAACAGAUCCUGAGUCAGUAAUGGGUUGGCGGAUGCUCACUGAGAUCCGCCCCACAGAAUUGGUGGGUAGAAUUCGUAUCUCCCCCCAAGGGCUUGCAGUGGGCGUAACUAGGCUCAGAGCGAUGGUGUUUGGUAUUGAAGAGCCUGUGACAGUCGUUGGAGAGCAGCCCUCACGUCGAGGCAUCAUAGUAGGUUCUGUAGACGCCAACAAUGAGGCAUUUGUGAUGGUGGACUGUCAUGGUAUGGGAAGUGUACGGUACUUGCGAACAUUAGAGGAAGUGUGCAGGUUCUCGGUGUCACUUAGAGGCGGAGAAUUGCUAGGGUGCAUGAAUAACAUGUAUGUGCUGAUGUGCACCAGGGGUACAAUUAGGGCAUAUGAUGCCGAACAUGGGGAGUAUUUGUACAGCUUCAGGGAGUGGGUGGAGGAAGCCACUGAGCUCGCUGCUAAUAAUCGGCAUGUAGUGGCAGCAUCUAGUGAUUCUAGCAUUCAUCUCUGGGAUUUUGGUGCUUGAAAGUGACGAUUGAGUACACAUUUUGGGAUAAUUGAAGGUUAAGGAGGUAUACACAAGGAAAGACUGACUGCUGGUUGAUAAUUCACUUCAUUUUUCUAACUUGACUGAUUUUGUUAAGGUAUAUGAUGUGAGUAGUGGAUUUAAUUUAGAGAUGUGAUGGAUAUUCCAAUUU